AUGAUGCGUCCGGCAGCCGACAAUCACCGGCAUUUCCUGGUAGCUCAUCAGGUGACAGGUGGAAUUCGGGGAAUUCGAAAUCGGACAAACACCGCACCCGGCUGAGCGACAGUUUUCGAUUGGAUGCGCAACAUGGACAAUCACGAGCAGCAACAGCAAAUUCCACUACAGCGACUUAACACGGUCGAGGAAAACUUGCGGCGCCAAGAGCUUCGCAUCGUAUUCGAAAAGUAUGAUAGCGAUGGAAACGGUUUUUUAUCCAGGUCAGAACUCCGACGUUUGAUAAAGGACAAAAAAUGCCCAGACAUACCAAAAGAGGUGGUACAUGAGGUGUUGAAAAAUUCGGAUGGAAACAACGACGGUCACUUAGAUUUCGAAGAGUUUUACAAAUUAAGUACCGAACAUCCGUACAUUUUCCGGGACUUGUGUAUCAGGUAUUGUCGUGUGGUUGUUCCAAGACGUACACCGAACAUCGGUGAUGAAACAGAUGGCGAAUACGAAAGUAGCAUGAAAAUAUGGCCACCGCCAUUGACGAUGAUCAUUUUCUCCAUUAUGGAAAUAAUAUUUUUCGUUGUCGAUAUCAUAAAGACAGACAACCAGAACGGUACAAGUACUAAUGGUCCUAUGGCGUCAUUGUUUAUCUACAAUCCUCACUUACGUUACGAGGUGUGGCGCUUUCUGACGUACAUGUUUGUACAUAUUGGUUUCAUGCACUUGAUAAUGAACCUGGCAGUACAACUUUUCCUUGGCGUUGCCCUGGAAUUGGUACACUGCUGGUGGCGAGUAGCGUUAGUUUACCUGGCGGGUGUGGUAGCCGGAUCUAUGGGUACGUCGCUCUUCACACCUCGGGUUUUUCUGGCCGGUGCAUCGGGAGGUGUUUAUGCGCUGAUUACUGCCCAUAUCGCCACUAUCAUCAUGAACUGGAGCCAGAUGGAAUAUGCUAUCGUGCAGCUUUUUGUGUUUUUGGUGUUCUGCAUCGCGGAUCUAGGAACCUCCAUCUACAACAGUAUUCAUGAUCCUUUUGAUAAAGUUGGUUACGUAGCGCAUGCCAGCGGAGCACUAGCAGGAUUCCUGGUGGGCAUUGGAGUGCUACGCAAUCUGAAGGUGGUACCAUGGGAACGUAAGCUCUGGUGGUGUGCCGUAACCAUCUAUUUCCUGCUCAUGGGUGCCGGAAUAAUGUUCCAUUUUUUAAACCCUGAUCACUUCAAAUAACAUUUGCUUCUAAUUGUGAUAUCGUUCUACACGGGUCGCUGCGGCCCUUAAUCCUAUUUUAUGCGGCCGGCGGCCACGUUCACCAAGAAAUGUUAAACGUAAUUUUAUAUGAAAAAAUAUUGUGUGUGUGGUGCGGCCCGCUAAGCAGAUGUUUCAUUACAUUGUUGCCACUGACUGGCUGUUAUUUUCCACUGCGGCCCGGAUUUUAAUAUUAUUUUGAUACCUCUGAUCUACACCAAUUCGAUUGCGCAGCGCAAAGCUCGAUGAUUCGUACAAAGAUUUACAUUCCGACUUUAAAACGAUUCACUUCAAACGCGUGUUACCUUCAAACGCUUCAAACAAGUGCCUUUCGAAAUUGCUCUUGAACAAAAUUUAAGCUGAUUAAAUUAAUAGUUGACGAAUUUCCAGCCAGUUUCAUUUUAAAUCUUUAUGCCCAAUUUGGGACGUUUCUCUUAAGUAUUUUGCCUAGUAUAUUUACAGUAUUUCAAGAAAUAAGAAACGUUUUGUGUAUUUUUACACUUUUUACUAGCGUUUAAGGACACAAUAAAUGAUUUCUGCUGAUGACUGAUCAACGUCAAAU